UCUGAGAGCCGGCGCCGCGAUUACCGCACGUGCCCGCGCCAACAUGAGCGUUCUAGACGCGAUCACGCGUUUCGUAGUGUUUAACCUACUUACUGUUUACUACAGUAUCCUCACAUUGGGAUAUUUCGCUGUGAGAUAUGUCAAGAACCCCUUUGCGGACCCUUGGGCCCAGAAGCUGCGGCUGGAACCGCCGGCCUGCCUGACGGACCCUAAAUAUGGAGUACAUAAGUACAUUAAAGUUAAUAAUGUCAAGUUACAUUAUUUGGAAAGCGGCGAUCCGUCGAAACCCCUUAUGAUAUUUCUGCAUGGGUUCCCUGAAUUCUGGUUUUCUUGGAGGCAUCAGAUCGUGGAGUUCAACAAAAACUAUUGGUGUAUUGCUGUGGACAUGAGAGGGUACGGAGACUCGGAGAGGCCGGAUGAUGUGUCUGCGUACCACAUUGAUCUCCUGGUGGAAGAUGUUCGUGACCUUGUUCGUCAGUUAGGGCGAGAGAAGUGCAUCCUAGUGUCGCACGACUGGGGUGGCCUGAUCGCGUGCCGGUUCCGAGACGUGCACCCUGACGCGCUGGACGCGCUCGUGAUGCUCUCCAGCACGUCCCGCGAGGCCUGGCUGCACGAGCUAGUGCACAACCCGGUGCAGAGGAAAAUGUCUUGGUAUGUAAUGUUGUACCGCGUGCCAUCCCUCCCCGAAAAGCUGAUCACGAUGGACGACCUGCGCGUAUUUGACUUGUGCAUCCCCGCCCAGCCCGGCAGCCUUGACGUCGAGUGCUACAAAUACUGGUUCGGAAAACCUACGGCCGUGACCCCACCAAUCAACUACUACCGUGCGAACUUCGUAUACACCUUGCCCGACAAAGCUCGCUGCGAGCGCCCCGUCCCCAUGCUGGUCGCCAACGCCGCCGACGACAAGUACCUCUCGCAUUCCAUCCUAGACCGCAUGAUGACAGAAUACGCACACAUCGAAGCGAAGCUGGUGCCCGGCUGCGGACACUUCAUUAUGCAAGAAAAACCAGAAGUCGUUAACAAGCUAGUGAGAGAGUUCCUAGGGAAACAUAAGCUUUAAACUAGGUUAUUUUGUACAAAAGCUAUACCAUUGUUUUAUAGAAAUUAAGUUUUUUUUUAUAUACCU